CACCAGAUCCACGAGUCCUGAUGUCUUUAAAAGGAUCGGCCUGUGGAAUAAGGCUCAUUUGAGAGCUGUGACAUUCAUCUUGACUCUAGUGAAAGUCCAACAGCCACUCCCCUUCUGGCCUCCAACAGGGCACCAUGAGGGUCUAUAUCCCCCUGAUAGUGACCCUUCUCUGUGGUUUGGCCUGGGCUGAGGACCUUGAAGAGCCAGAGCCAUUCCUGGAGCUGGAGGAAGAGGAAGAGGCAGAAGAGGCCCCGGCCAGCCACUUGUACUCAGCACCCACCUCUUGUCGGGGCCGCUGCCGCCAGGCUUUCGACAAGCACCAGCCCUGCCACUGCAACGCCCGCUGCCAAGAGUUUGGGAACUGCUGCGAGGAUUUCGAGAGUCUGUGUGGCGACCACGAGGGCUUUUCUCACAGUAGUGAUACCAUAACCAAAGAGGAGCUUCAGACUAUCUCUGAGAAGAUCUAUGGGGCAGACACCAACAAAGCCCAGAAGGAAGACAUCAUUCUCAACAGCCAAAAGUGCAUCUCCCCCUCAGAGACCAGAGACCGAGUGGAUCGCUGCCCAGAGCCACUCUUCACCUAUGUCAACGAGAAGCUGUUUUCUAAGCCCACCUAUGCAGCCUUCAUCAACCUCCUCAACAACUACCAGCGGGCGACAGGCCACGGAGAGCACUUCAGUGCCCAGCAGUUGGCCGAGCAGGACACCUUCCUCAGGGAGAUCAUGAAGACAGCAGUCAUGAAGGAGCUCUACAGCUUCCUGCAUCACCAGAACCGCUACAGCUCAGAACAAGAGUUCGUCAGUGACUUAAAGAAUAUGUGGUUUGGACUUUAUUCGAGAGGUGAUGAAAAGGGAGACUCAAGUGGGUUUGAACACGUCUUCUCAGGUGAAGUCAAGAAAGGUAAGGUCACCGGCUUCCAUAACUGGAUCCGCUUCUACCUGCAGGAGAAGGAGGGCCUGGUUGACUAUUACAGUUAUGUCUAUGACGGGCCUUGGGAUUCUUACCCCGAUGUGCUGGCGAUGCAGUUCAACUGGGAUGGCUACUAUAAGGAAGUGGGUGCCGCGUUCAUCGGCAGCAGCCCGGAGUUUGAGUUUGCACUCUACUCCCUAUGCUUCAUCGCCAGGCCUGGCAAAGCGUGCAAGUUAAGCCUAGGUGGACAUCCCUUGGCCAUCCAGACCUAUUCGUGGGACAAGUCCACCUAUGGAAAUGGCAGGAAGUACAUCGCCACAGCCUACGUGGUGUCUUCCACUCGAUAGAGCCUCGAGCCAGAAAGGAGCAGGAGGGAAGUGAGGGCUCCUACGAGGCUGAGGUGCACCUACUCUGGCCUAGAGAGGGGAGAG